AUGGUUGAGCCAUUCUCCGUUGUCGCCUCGGCGCUCGGCGUCAUGGACGUGGGCGCCCGCGUGUCCGUGGGCAUCGUCAACGUGAUCCGGCGAUGGAAAAAUGCGCCGCAAGACAUACUGGACCUGCACAACGAGAUCUCGGACCUGCGCGUGCUCCUGGACCAAAUGGUGCACGCGCAUCAGAAGCUGCCGGACGACGACGACGUCGCGGACCAGGACGGGGCGUUUGUCGCGGCGGCGGCGCGGGCCCACCUCGACAAGGCGGUGGGCCACCUGCAGUCGCUGGAGAGCUUGGCGAACGAGUUGCAGAACCUGAAAGGUGUGCGGAGGCGGAAAAAUGGCUGGAUUCGCAGGGCGAGGGUUUCGAGCGCACGAACUGAGGUUUCGCUGAGGAGUAUACAGGAAGCCACGAAUGGCAUAUCGACCCAGUCCGUGGCCACGCGAGAGAUCGUGGAAGCUUUGACGGGGAGGAUGGAGAAGCAGAUGAAGGAUAUCCUGGAGGCGGUGAGCCGGUCACAGGCGACGAUGUCGACGACGAUAACAAAAUCGCUGUCGGCUUCGUCCGGGUCGGGAUGGCCGCAACGGCCCGGUGACAACGCGUUGCUGCUCCCGGCACCAGUACCGUCGAUCAAUCCCAGGGACAAAGUAUUCGUCAACGUCCGGUCCGCGACGAAAGCCCUCCCCAGGUCUCGUCCCAGCCAAUGUCCCGGGACGUGCCGCUGCCGGUGCCAUCUGCAAAGCGCGCUGGCGAUGAAGCGUCUUCGCGCGGGAACGGCGCCGACGAUCGGAUCCCUAUUCGUGGCGUACGCGGGGAAAGCCGCGCCCAGCGUGAUUUGCGAUUCGGCGAGCUGUCGCCGCAAGAGGAUCGUGCGUCUGGACGUGACGUACGUCUUUCCGCUGUGGCUCCUGUGGUUCAGCAUCACGUUUCUCUUCCGGCACACGGCCAACGGCGGGCCGUCGGCGUAUAUCUUGUUUCGCAAGCGGCACGACUACGAUUUCGGGUCCCUGUUCCACGCGGCGCACACGAGCGACGUUGACGUGGUACGGCGGCACAUUGACAACGACCCGGACUGCGUCAACCACAUCUGCUACUGGGACGGGCGGAGCGCGCUGCAAAUCGCCGUCGAUAGCGGCAACGCGGACAUCAUCCACAUCCUGCUCCGGGCGGGCGCGGAUCCGGAUGCCGAGGAUGAUGGCGGGCAGAGCGCGCGGCGGUCGGCCGCCUUUCAGGUGUUGGCGCAGCUCGGUGAUGUGGCGUCCGUUUUGCAAGGGUGGGGACGGGAGGCGGAGGAUCUAGGCGCUCUGGACGAUCUCGGGUUUGCGCCGCUGCAUUAUGCGUCCAUCAAGGGUGAUGCGUCGGCGAUCGAGGCGUUGCUUGCCGCGGGCGCGGAUCCGAAUAUGCCGACGCGGCGGGGCACGAGGCCGCUUCCGCUCGUCAUGGGAGCCGGUGCCAAGGCCGCGCGGUGCAUAGAUCUCCUCCUCGGAGCCGGGGCGGACUUGUACGCCACCUCGUGGGGCUGGUAUCCGCUGCAUUUCGCGGCCCAGGAUAACGCAGUGGACGCCGUGCGGACCAUGAUUGCCGCGGGCAUGGCCGUGGACACGCCCACCACGAACAUGGAUACGUGCCUAAUGAUUGCGGCGCGUGGAGACGCGCUCGAGACGGCGCGGUACCUCGUCGCCGCGGGCGCUGACCUAGAUGCGCGCAACGACGACGGUUUAUCGGCGCUGCACUUUGCCGUGGCGGAUAACUCGCCCCGGUGCGCGCGGCUGCUCCUGGAGAGCGGGGCCGAGUACCGCGGCGUGGAUGUGGAGGGCGAUACGAUCUUGCACGCGGCGGCGCGGGUGCCGGACCUGGCGAUGCUGAGGAUGUUGGAGGGGAGGCUGGGGGUCUGGGGCGGGAGGAGAGGAAUAAGUUGGGGUUGA